UUGAGGCUCAAAUCACCCGAUGGAAACUAUACUUUAAGUCAUGUGGAUGAGUAUAUUGAUGAGCUGCUGACGAAAGAUUACUCUUGUGAUAUUGCCCUUCCUAGAAUUAAGAAAAGAUGGACCCUUGAAUCUCUUGGUCAACUGGAACCCCGAAGAAGUGCUUUGGAGGAUGACUUUGAAGAGGAGGAAGAGAAGGAUGAGGAUGAACAACCUACUAUUGGCAUAAAUGUUGGGCAUAAUAAGGAUUAUUAUCAUGGGCACAGUCCAUCUAGGGAAAAAGAUAGAGACAGGAGACGAGAUAGGGACAGUUACAGACACAGGCCAGGGACCGUGAUUAUGGUAGAGAAUAUGACAGGGAGCGUGAAUUUGAUAGGGACAGGGGAAGAGGACGUGACAGGGACAGGGAGCAUCAUCGGUUGCGAGAUGACAAAGACUAUGACAGAGAAAGAGGUAGUAGACGUGAUCGUGGCCAUAGAAGGAGCCGAAGCCGGGACCGGAAAGAUCGUGACGAUGAACGGCGAAAGAGGCAUGGCCGCAGCAGUGUGAGCCCCUCCGCUAGGGAUGAACCCAAGAAAAAGAAAGAGAAGAAAGAGGAUGGAACCGACCAUCCUGACCCUGAGAUUGCCGAAGCAAAUAGACUGAGGGCAUCCCUUGGACUGAAACCUUUGAAGUAGCAGCCAGCAAGUGACAAAUAAAAUAAAUUUUGUGUGUCAAACUUGGGCAUGCAUUCACAUUGACGAUUCUUCAUGGUACUAGAAUAAAUUUGGGGAGGGAAGAUAUUGAAGGUUAGCCUUGAGCAGGGAGAAGGGGAGGGGAAGUAGAAGCAUCUCUUGAUUUUGUUUGAGAAUUAUAAAUUUGAAAAGAGAUGGGCUACGGCAAUUAUAAUUAAAAUCGCUGAAGAUGUAUACCGAAUUCAAACAGUUGAACUUGUAUUCAUUUCAAAUUAAACUUAAAUUAUCAUUUAGUUAGUUAUUCUUCAAA